AUGAGAAUGUGGACAUUUCUCACCGCAGUAUGGUUUUCACUUGUCUGUAUCACUUUUUGCCAUAAAUCCCGACCAAGGCGACACUAUUCAAAUGAUUAUAGGAAGGGUACCCCCGCUUGUGAUGUUGUGUGUGAAGGACAAUGGAAAAACGAAUUUCAUGCUAACUUCCAUAAAAUCUAUGACACCGACUAUUUCGAGAUUCCCUUGGACACUGCAAUCGUGAAGAAUCGAAACAAUCUAAAAAUGUUCUGCUCAUCAACAAUGCAAAAGUAUGCUUGCCUUCGAAACGAAUGCAGAAUGCACCGUACCCCUUGGUCAGCAGAAAAGCAUAUAUGUAUGCAGAACUUUGACAACUUUGACCGCAACAUCAACUGUCUGAGUUUGACUGACAGAUACGUUCAAAAAGAGUGCUCAAAUGUUUGUAACAGUAUCCGAAUCGAAAUUUCUCAAGCCGAAGUGGACCGAAUGGCAGAGAUGGAGUUCAGCCGUCAAGAGAAGAGUGAAUUUGUGGAACAGAAUAAGCAUUGCAAUUUUAUCGCAUGCCAUCAAAUCUGUCAUGAGUACAUAAUCAACAAGAUCUGCAUUGACAGUGCAGCAUCAGCUCGCUCAGUUGUCAAAACUUAUUACGAUGCGUAUUUGGAACAAGAGUAUAUCGCUUUGAACAAAGACGAUCAGGAUGAACUCUACUCAAGUUUUUGCAGAAGGGUCACACCUGGACAAGACGAAAACGCUUACACUGCUAACAUGACCCGAUACAACAAUUUGACCCUUGACCGAAUGAAGAACGACAUUCGAUCGGCUUUCUCCAUCCUUGAUUAA